UUCAUUUGUGGGACGGUAACGGUACGUGCGGGAGUGUCCAUGAAGUCUUGCAAACGAGAAUGAUAAGCGAGUGACUGUGACAAGUGUACGGUUUGGUCGGGUAGUGGAUAAUGUAGGUCGGAUACGGUUUGUUUUGGUUAAUUAUUAGGUGUUUGAUGUAAAUUAAAACGCCGAGACUCGAUCAGUGUGUGGCCUCAUUUACGGAUGCUGAAGUUAGAAGAAGUGAGCGUGUGAGGUACUUUAAAGUAAACAGUUUGUGUUCCCGCUUACUGAAAGUGCAUCGUGAUGGCUGAAGGAGGAGCAACGAGCACCAACCCCAACGCGGAGAUCGUGCGGGGCCAGGUCUUCGAAGUGGGGCCCCGCUACGUGAACCUGCAGUACAUCGGCGAAGGCGCCUACGGGAUGGUUGUGUCGGCCUUCGACAACGUGAAGAAAACGAAAGUCGCCAUUAAGAAAAUAUCGCCCUUCGAGCAUCAGACAUAUUGUCAGAGGACUUUAAGAGAAAUCAAAAUCCUUACACGGUUUAAGCAUGAAAACGUAAUCGACAUUCGAGAUAUUUUAAGGGCGGAUUCUAUUGAUCAAAUGAAGGAUGUCUACAUCGUGCAAUGCCUAAUGGAAACAGAUUUAUACAAAUUGUUAAAGACACAGAAAUUAAGUAACGACCACAUCUGCUAUUUCCUAUACCAAAUACUACGAGGGCUGAAGUACAUCCACUCGGCGAACGUGCUACACAGGGACCUCAAGCCCUCCAACCUGCUACUUAACACCACCUGCGACCUCAAGAUAUGCGACUUCGGGCUGGCGCGGGUAGCGGACCCUGACCACGAUCACACCGGCUUCCUCACGGAGUAUGUGGCCACGCGCUGGUACCGCGCCCCGGAGAUCAUGCUCAACUCCAAGGGCUACACCAAGUCCAUAGACAUCUGGUCAGUGGGCUGCAUCCUGGCGGAGAUGCUGUCCAACCGGCCCAUCUUCCCGGGCAAGCACUACCUCGACCAGCUGAACCAUAUCCUGGGCGUGCUCGGCUCACCCAGCCAGGAGGAUCUCGACUGCAUCAUCAACGAGAAGGCUCGUGGGUACCUGGAGUCGCUGCCGUUCAAGCCGCGCGUGCCGUGGGUGGAGCUGUUCCCGGGGGCCGACGCGCGCGCCCUGGACCUGUUGCACCGCAUGCUCACCUUCAACCCGCACCGGCGGAUCACCGUGGAGGAGGCGCUCGCGCACCCGUACCUCGAGCAGUACUACGACCCCAACGACGAGCCCGUAGCAGAGGAGCCGUUCCGCUUCGCGAUGGAACUGGACGACCUUCCCAAGGAGACACUCAAGAAGUACAUCUUCGAGGAGACCUUACUCUUCAAGCAACUCAACGAAGACGCGUAGGCGCCUAACUACCCACUGUCUUAAUCAGAUCUACUUUGUCCUCUGUAUUUGUGUAUGUGGUAAGCGUUCUCGGCCUUUAUAGCGACGGAGCAAGGAUGAUUGUUUCUUAGUUUUGAUGGUUCCUAGUUCUUAUAGCUAUCCUUUGACUGAUGAGGCGAUGGUUCCUACAUCAUAUGUAACGUAUGGGAAACCGGGGUAUCUUUAAGAAAAUAGUGAAUAUUACUACUAAAAUACGUUUUCCCAGGUUUCCCUUACACAUGAAUGUAAAAGUAUAUCAAUCUACGAUAUUCGCACACUGUUUGCGAACUGGUAAGAAAUAAUCAGUAUGUAUGUUAUAUACAUUAUUUUUUGACAACGCGAAGAUAAUCCAGCGGUGACCGACAGAUAUCUUAUCAGAUCGCGUUACCGCGAUGUAACGAGAAUUCUAAAUUACAGAAAAUUGUAGCAGGAAAAUGAAAGGCUUUGUACGGACAGACGGACAAUAGGUCUAAUUAAACGGACGGUGAAGUCAACGUAGUUUGACGUUAUCAAACGUAUAGUACACGCCGCCGGACAACCAAAGCUUCACUCCGACCGGCGGCCCUGCUUAGCAUAACCAUGCCGUGCCGAGCCAAAACGGUGAAUACAUCUCGCUAACGUGAACUAUAUGAAAAUUCAUUCGCCAUUUUGAAUCGGCAUGGCUCCCUUAAGUAUUGGACGUGGGACUUGGCAACGAGUCGACGGGAUCAGUUGGUAUUAUACUGUAAGAUAGAUUGUGUAAAUGGGGCAUCAAUGCUUUUCACUGACUCAAAGUUUGUGGUCAGAUCUUCGAAUCCUUUUGCGAAAAACAUUUCGGCAAAAAACAUUAAGGUGUACUUUUACCAGUGAAAGUUGCAUUACUAGAGAGAAAAUAUAGUUUUCUUGUCUGUACAGCAGUAAUAAAAGAAUAUGCAUUUCAUCUCGUGAAAUUCAAUUGAAAUGCUUAUAUUUUUGAAAUAAUACGAAUUCAGAGAGACAGAAUUGCAAAAGUUACCUAGAAAUAUUAAAUAUAAAGAAAUUUUAGAGGGGAAGUUCUUGGUGUAAUAACUGCAUUAGUUAAGCGCUUUAUUGUUUUACCGUAAAUAGAUAAAGAGAUGCAUGUCUUUUAUUAAAUUGACUUCGCAAACAUUCAAGUUUCUUGAAAAAAUAUUACACUAUUUUAGUUUUCUAAGAAUUUGAGGACAGCGAAAUACUAAGAGCAUUGAAGUAUAUAAAUACAUGUCUGAAGAUUUGUUCUAUUGUUGAUAUAUGCUACAAAAGGCUUCUUUUUAGCAUUAUUUACAUUUGCAGAGCUUUUACCUAAACUCUUGCUAUAGUAUUUGUCAGCUACUGAAGAACUGAUCAUUUAUGUGAUGUUAAGAGAAAUAGUUUUACUUGAAAUGUCUAUACACAAGGGUCGUCACGACUGGUUCAGAUUGUAGAAAAGUUGAAACAGUAUAAUGUAAAUGUAAGCGUAGAAACCUUAUAGGAUAUUAGAUAGGACUUUCCGAAAUUUAUAAACGUUAAAAAUUAACAGUUGGUAUUUGGGUAUAUGAUACAGAUACAGCGACAGAGAGGGAAGUGUUGCAGUAUUACAACUUGUGCAGUUGAUUUGGGUACAAAGCUAAUUUAUUCUCUUUGUGCCCUUGAUUAGACUCGAUUUUCGAUAUGUGUAAUAGCCAAAUACAAAGCCAAGAUAUUUGACUGCGUAAAAGGAUAUCGUGCUUCACAUAAUUGCUUUGCUACUUUGCAAACAAUGUUUUAAAUCGCCAUCGUAAACGGCUCGUUAAUAUAAUACAUAUAAAUAAUAGGUAACUGUGUCAAAUGAUAUGAAAACGUACAUCAUGACAUCAUAAUACGGUUACAAAAUAAUGAUAAAAUGUAUCUGCGUAUUCAAUUCGCAUUUAUUACUUGACAUCUUUAUUGUCGCGAACAAAAUAAUAAAAGUAGUCUAUACUAUACAUCGAUUGGCAUCUAUUUUUGAAGGGACAGAGGGCCGAAUGGCGAGAAAGUGUACAUAUUUUUGCAUUUCAAUAAAUGUAAUUUAAAGUUUCACCGCUUCAGACUCUCGAGCACUACUUUUAUUCUUCGACUGUAUCGUGGUCUACUUUCGAAUAAUCGUGUCUCGUUGUCUACGGUGAAAGUAUUUGUUGAAAAACUUGCUUGUUCAAAUGGUUUAUCUUAAUAAUUAUCGUCUUCCUUGUAUUUGCAUGUUAGCGCACAACUGUUCUAGAAUAGGCGAUUCAUAUCAAAUGUGUUUAAGAGAAUGUUUAUAAUUAAAAAUUGCUUUGAUUGGGCGGGAGUUUGUGUCAAGUUUUUCAACGAAUGGUCGGCUAUCGGUAUGGUGCAGGCGCGGUGGCGAGAGGGGUCUGUCUGUUGUUAUACUCUAUAUGUCUAUAAUGAUGUUGUUAGUAUGCUCGGUAUGAAAUCUGAGCAUUGUCUCACUAAGACCAUAGUAAAAUGGUAAAGUAGGUCAAAUGACGCCCUGUCGUAUGUAUUUGAUUCAGUCCAUCGACGCCCAGUUCUAGCCGCCUGUAGUAGACAAGCGCGAAAUGCUGUGUUCAACUUUUAUCGGAAAUGACCUUCUUUCAUCCUUUUACUAUGCUAAGGACUUUAAAGUUGUUACGCGUUAAAUACAUUUGUCAUUCAAGUGAAUCAUAAAAUGCAUUCAAAUAAUUUAAUGAGAUUAUAUCUAAUAAGAUCAGGAUGUUGUGAUGUUAAAUAGAUGUUGAUUUUAUCCGUCACACACAGCUCUUCCAUACAGGUACAAUAUUAACUACAUUUAAUCAUAGCUAUUUCAGACAUGUUUUAAUAAAUUUAAUUCUUAUGACAAAUCAUUUGUCAGUGUUUUAAUUGUAAUCAUAAAAUGAGUAGCAAUGUGAGUAUUUUCAUCUGUAUUGUAAGACUAUAAUUAGUCGUUACCUUGGUUAACUUAAAAGACAAUCAAUUUAAGAGUUACUGUGACGUUUAGUAGUAAUUUUACAUCGAAUAAGUGAGUCGUUGUCUUCAUAGACUGCUGUCAACUGUCAUGUACACCCUCGCCAGAUAUUUAGGAGACCGAGGCAUGAAAAAAAAAUUAUUAUAAUUAAAAAGACCAGUGAGCGUUGAAGAUAUCCACAGGUCACCUAAAUUCCUGGUAGGGGUCUGUAAUAACCCUAAUCGGAAUGCUAGAACUCCUUGAUAUGCCUCCACUAUAUGAGGCUCUACUUUUACAACUUCAAAAUGAUGACACCAUUACUAUCAUGUAUUUAUUGUUAAAUAUGAGUGUUGCCAUAUUUUCUUAAGUCAUUAUGUACAAAUUGGAUAUAUUAAGAUAAUUUGUUGUCAGUCAACAGUUGAAUAUUACGAAAAUAAAUCAAAUGAAAGGA